UAUCAAAAAUUUGCAAACCAAUGUCUGAUGAGAAUGGAUGGCGCAUCGACUGCUACUUCUACUUUGGAAGCUAGGAUGAGGCGUGUGUUUCUGGAACGACUGAUGGACUGGGGAGCUCUGCCCAAGACUAGAAGUUGUCCUGCAGAAAAUUGCAGGAGUGAAAUGAAACUGAUGGCUGAUACCCGAUUUUGUGACGGUGUGUCCUGGUAUUGCUCUGCAGUUAUACCAAAAAAGAACGGAAAACGUAUACCGUGCCAAAAUCGGUUAUCAAUUCGUAUGCGCACCUUUUUCGAAGGCUCACAUUUGACACUGGAGCAGAUAAUUUUGAUUGUUCGUGGCUGGUCCAAGAACACUCCUCAAAAAGAAAUUGCCAACAAAAUUUCCGUCUCUAAAAACACACUUAUUGUCUGGUCUUCAGUCUGCCGUGAUGUCGCCACCGAUUAUUGCUUGUCACAUUCAAAAUUGAUAGGUGGUCCCGAUAAAACUGUAGAUAUUGACUUGUUGCAUGGUAAGAAAAAAUAUGAUACUGUACAGUACCUGAUGCUAGGUGGCGUAGAACGUGAAAGUGGAAAUUAUUUCCUCGCAAUUGUAAAUGAGCGUAAAACUGGGAAAAUAUUAGCUGCUAUGAAGCAAUGGAUAGAACCCAACACAAAUGUAGUUUCCGAUUUAUUUAAAGAGUUCAGCCUGCUAUCAAAUGAAGGGACGAAAAAAUGGAAAACAGAUUAUAGGGUACAUUUUAUAGACCCAUUAGAGACUGCAGCAGUGAAAGCUGAAGGUACCUGGUGGUAUACGAAGCGACGUACGCCUUGUAAAAAAAGAGAAGACUGUUUAGCUGGAUACUUCGCACAAUACAUGUUUUUAAACAAAUGUAGAAUAGACGACAUCGAUCCUCUCAUUGAGUUCCUUAGAGCUGAAAAUAAAUUUUACGACUUGGAUCAAGUGAGUUUCGACACCAUGGGUAGAAAACUUAGUAUCGAGGAAAUUGAAGCUAGACUUAAAGAACAAGAUGAUGUUGUAUGUAGAAUGGUGGAAAAUGCAAAAACAGAUGAUGAAAUCAGACCGUCAUUAGAAGCCUUAUUAAAAAUGAAAGCGGACUAUAAGAUUGCAACUGGUGAGGAUUGGAAAGGUCGGUCUGAUGAAAUCGAAAUCACAAUUGCGUCUGAGGUUACAUAUAAAAAUAAUACAAAUUAUAUUGAAGAAAAUUCUAUGAAUAUUAAAGAUGAAAUAAGUGAUCCUGAAUCCUUUGAAUCUCGGAGUUGUAAUUUACAAACAGUUUUUAUUCAAUUGGCUGUAAACAAAGCAAUGGCAAGUGAAGAACUCUUUUCAGAAACGCCGGUGUUCUCCGAGGAAUUACCUUCGGGCAAUGAGAAUUUAAGACACGUUCUCGAAGAAGUAGAAACUGAAACAGAAAUUGCGCACUCCGAGGAGGACCCGGACAAAGUGAAGUCUGCUGAACAGACGGAAAUUCCCAACGAAACUAAAAGCAUCACAGAAAAUAAUAGCGCCACUAAAGAAAAACCCGCAGAGAAGUCGAACGAACCACGUCUCACACAUUUACCACUGACGAGGAUACGAAAUCUAAUGAAGCUCGAUCCAGAUUUACAUAUUGCGACAUUGGAAGGUGUUUUCGCAGUAACGAAAGCGACAGAAAUGUUUAUUGACUCGUUAGCCAAGGAGUCAUUUGUGCAUACUAAUCAGGCUAAGAAGAAAACUGUCCAGAAACGAGAUGUUGACAUGGCGAUAGCGUCAGUGGAUAGUCUAAUGUUUUUGGAAGGUGCUAUGAAUUUUUGAAAUACAUGUUAUUUUUUAUUUUA